AUGCAUAGCGUCGCACGCGAGAAUCUUCAAGCCUACCUUCAUUCCUACAAAUCAUCGUCGAAAGAGCCCGGAAUCCCGAUUAUCCAUAAUAGUAGUGUUGAUGAGCGACGUCGAAAGCAUCACGAGCACAUUUCGGCGAUUCAGGCUCUCGAAGGCGCUAGGAAACGUCAUGUAGCGUUCGCCGUUCAAGCGCAACGCGAUUACGACGGAAGUGUCGACGAGCGAGCGCCGAUCAAAGGCAAAACGGUAUCAUUCGCGAAUGGCGACUUCAUCCACAUUUUCGUGAAAUUCAACGCGCAUUGGUGGAUCGGUCGAAUUGUUCGCUCGCAUUCGGAAUUUGGAUUCGUGCCAACUGCGCGCCGACUUGCGAACUAUAUGAUUGAUGAGGAUGUGCCGCCACCGCCGCCGCCGCCACCAUCGCAAAAUCAACAUGUACAACAGGAAAAAUCGAUAUGGGAGCCCAAGUGCGCCUACAAGGUGGUGCCGUGCUCGCGGCCCAUCAUUUUCCUCGGUCCGACACUACAGCAUUCAAGGCUCACGCAGCUCCUUCAUCUCGCUCUACGCGAGGAAGUCUUGAAGCAUUUUGGAAAGAAGAUGAAAUAUCUAAAAUCGGAUAUUGGGUGCAGCUUACAAGGCGCCGAACGCGGUCGCGGCGCUCGCUGGCUACGAGGCGGACGUGAGAAUCGCGACGCGAACGAAAAUCAAGAGGUCGAGCUCAUAAUGCGAAUGACAUCGAAACUUCAUCUGGUGCUCGUCGACUCGCCGCAUAUUCACACACCCGAUGAUAUUCUUUGCAAAUUGUUGCGCAACACCGGCAGCACACGUAUGACGGCUGAGAUCGAAGUGGCGAAUGUGCUCAAAACGAUGAACAACGAUAGAGUAGGUGAUGAAGAGCUGUUAGCGAGUGGAUUCGACAUGGUCAUCGAGGAAAAUGGAUUGAAAGAAGCGACGUGGCGAAUAAUUUCGUUUCUCGAAAAAUAUUUGCACGCUUUGCAUUAUCAUCCAAAUGAAUAA